AUGAAUUUGAAGUUGCUGCGUAAAGCUGAGUUAUUACAGCUUGCAAAGGAGUUGCGUUUGGAUGUUUCUGACGCACUCCGGAAACCAGAAUUGAUCGAGGCUAUUAGUGCUCUGGAGGCUGAGGAAGAUGAGCUGACGGAAUGCCUUGAGAUAAUUCGAGAAAGGGAAGCCGCAAAAAGACAGACAGAGGAGCGUAGAGAACAGCAAGAGAAAGAGCAGCGCGAGGAACGCGAUCACGCGCUCGAGUUAAAGCGACUCGAGGUUGAAAUAGAGCGCGUGCGAACGGCAGGGCAGAGAAGCGAGGCAAACAGUGCAGGGGUGCACAUAUCGCUCAAAAUGACAGAACUAAUUCGCCCUUAUAAACUCGGAGAGGACAUUGGGUUGUUCUUGGUGAACUUUGAGCGGACGUGUGAGAAGCAGGGGUUCUCCCGUGAGUCGUGGCCACAGCGCUUGCUCACACUCUUACCUGGCGAGGCAGCAGAAGUAAUCGCUCGUUUAUCCACUGAGGAGGUCGACGAUUACGAUAAAGUAAAAUCCAGUUUGCUUAGGAAGUACAGGCUGUCCGCGGAGGCAUUCCGGCGGAAAUUCCGUGAAUUGGAGAAAGGAAGGAGUGAGUCAUACACUGAAUUUGCCUAUAAACUGAAGUCAAACAUGGUGGAAUGGCUAAAGGAGGAGAAGGCCUUCGGUGACCAUGCAAAGGUUAUUGAGUGUUUUUUACUAGAGCAAUUCUACAACCGGUUACCAGAGAACAUUAGGCAUUGGGUACAAGACAGGCCAGAUGUUAGCUCUGUAGCCAGAGCCGCAGAGCUAGCAGAGGAAUUCGUCACACGUCGGGCUCGCGAAGGCAGUGACAGUGGUCGAAAAGGGGGUCCCGAUUUUGGGUUCAAGCCAAAGAGAGGGCCUGUGAAAACGAAGGAAGAGCCUGAAAUUGGGAAUGCCCGAACCGUAAAUACGUCGGAGUCGGAACGGAACACCGAACCUGCGUUAGAACGACUCCCCAGCAGAGGUCGAACUUACGCCAGUGUUACAACAGCAGGGGGUCCCAUCCGUGGAGGAUGA